GACGCACGCCAAUGUUGUAACCCCUGUGAAAAGCGAGAAGAGGGGAGAUUUUUUUUUUUUUUAAAUUGACAUUUUCCUGUAAUGAGACUGAACACAUGGUGGGUUCAAACACCUGGCAAAGGAUUGAAAUUCUUUAAAAGCGGGAAUUGCAUUUUGGUGGGACUACAGUACAGCCCGUGCACCUCGCGCUAUCCGCAUGCUGUUUGAUCCCCACCACGGCAACCAUCAUCAUCCUCAACAUCAUCAUCAUCAUCCUCCUCACCCUCCUCUUCCUCCUCAUCCCAUCGAGGAGCGCCACCGUGCCGCUCACCCGCUUCCAGGAAUCGAACCGAGGCGGUCGUCAGGGAAUCCGCGGACGGACCGAGGUGAGCUCAACUAUUGCUCGACGAUGACGGGCAAAUCCGUGAAAGACGUCGACAGGUACCAGUCGGUGCUCAACUCUCUGCUGGCGCUGGACGAGAAUAAAUUCUGCGCGGACUGCGAAUCAAAAGGUCCCAGAUGGGCUUCGUGGAAUUUAGGGAUCUUUAUCUGCAUAAGAUGCGCCGGUAUUCAUCGAAACCUCGGGGUCCACAUCUCCAGAGUCAAGUCCGUCAACUUGGACCAGUGGACGCAGGAGCAGGUCCAGUGUGUUCAGGAAAUGGGAAAUGCCAAGGCCAAACGCCUCUACGAAGCCUUCCUACCCGAAUGCUUCCAGCGGCCCGAGAGCGACCAGUCGGCAGAGAACUUCAUCCGGGACAAGUAUGACAAGAAGAAGUACAUGGAUAAGGUCAUCGACAUCCAGAUGCUCAGGAAAGAAAAGAGCUGCGAGAACAUCCCCAAGGAACCCGUCGUGUUUGAGAAAAUGAAAAUUAAAAAAGACGUCAGCCCAAAGAUGGACUCGCAGUGUGUUACGGACUUGCUGGGAUUAGAUGCUCCCGCUCCAAGUCCUGCAGCGUCCAAUGGUGUUCCCGCCAGUACUGAGAGUCCGCCAGGUUCUAAUCUUCUGCACCCUGCCUUGGAUCUCCUCAGUCACAUCUCAGAUCCUUCUGCUUCCUUCACAAAGAACACAGCUGCCUCCACCUUUUUGCCUCAGAGCAGAGUGACCGCCUCUGUGCCCGAAAACCUCAGCCUCUUCCUGGAUCCGGCCCCCAGAAAGGGGGAAGGCACCUUCAGGAAGCUGUCCAAGGACUCCAUCCUGUCCUUGUACGGCUCCACGCCGUCGGUGCACAUGAGCGGUUUGGCGCCCCCCCACGGAUUGUAUAUGAACCAAAUGGGCUACCCGACACACCCGUACGGGUCUUACCAUUCGUUAGCUCAUGCCGGGGGGAUGGCGGGGGCCAUGGUCGUGUCGCAGGCCGCCGUGAUGGGGCAGCACCGGAACGGCUUCAUGGCGGCCCAAGGCGCCUUGGCCCACCGUGGCGCCGGGGUGCCCCCGGGCAUGAUUCAGCAAGGCGGCGUCGUGAUGCAGCAGCAGGGGGCUGGCAUGAUGGCGCAUCGGGGGGCUGGAGGCUUUCCGCUGUUGCCUCAGCAGCAAGCGCUUGCGACGCAGCAGCUGCAGUGGAACUUUGGACAAAUGACUCAGCACACAUCCGGCACGAACUUAUUCAGCGUCAACAGUCAACCCACAGGGAGCAACGCGGCCCCGACGUCGGCGCACAUGACCGCGCACGUCUGGAAAUGAAAUAGCGUCGAUCCCCAAAGUGAACUUGUGAAGUUCCUCUCAACCAGAACUGUGCGGACGGGACUCUCUGCCUGAGCUUUUCCGACACAAGGAGGACGGAGGAGGGAGGAGAACAAGGAAAGUCCAACUACCUCUUCCUCUCUCCUCGCCCCCGAGCCAAGUCCACUUCCUGCCUCGUACACCUGGGCCAAGCUUCACCAAUAUCCGCACUUGCCUUGGGAACGUUUCCUUCAUGCAGCAACAGGGUCAGGGGCGACUGGGAAUCGUACUUUUCUUAUUUUUGUAUCGGAGCAAUUUGAGCGUUUAUAAUUAGCGUUAUCUUCAAGCAGGCGGAACAGUGGAUCAGCUAAACGUUGGCCUCACAGUUCUGAGGUCCAGGGUUCAAUCCCGGACCCGCCUGUGUGGAGUUUGCAUGUUCUCCCCGUGCCAGCGUGGGUUUUCUCCAGGUGGGCACUCCGGUUUCCUCCCACAUCCCAAAAACAUGCAACGUUAAUCGGACACUCCAAAUUGCCCGUGGGUGUGGUUGUGAGUGCGGCUGUUUGUCUGCAUGUGCCCUGCGAUUGGCUGGCAACCAGUUCAGGGUAUACCCCGCCUUCUGUCCGUUGACAGCUGGGUUGGCUCCAGCACUCCCCGCGACCCUUGUGAGGAUAGGCAGUGAAGAAAAUGGAUGGAUUGAUAUAUCUGAACUAACUAGUCACCAGACACUUCCACCAGACUGCAUGAAGAGAAUGUUUAUACAAUGUUAUGUCAUUUUAAUGGCUCGAAUGUAUGUGUUGAGUGCGUAUCAAAAAAAAAUGGAAUACAUGGCCGAUCUUUUUGUUUUGCAAUGGGACCAAAAUGCCUCGUGAAGUACGUCUUCGUGCGUUUUGUCGUUUUGAAGCGUGAGAAUCGACGCACGAAUGUCUGAUUUUUGUUUGCGAUGUAUUCUUAAUUAAACGCAUGAAGGCAUGAUUGUAAAUUGUCUCUUUUUUAUUGUUAUUUUGCAUCUCAGUUCGACAGGUGAUAAAUCAAAUCGGAUUUUCAGUCAUGUCGUGUUUGUUUUGCGUGAAAUGAAAACAAACGGAGGAAUGUAACAUUUGCAAUACUCGUCAAUCAAGAUCAUGUUGAAUACUGUAAAUUGUGCUUCUGGAACAAGAUUUAUUAUCGCCUACUUUCUAUAAGGACUGGGGUUUUAUUUCAUACUGGACAUUUUACCGUCUGGUGUCAUAUUUACACAUGAUGAGAAUGUCUGUAAAAUAAAAUACUCUGUGGAAAUAGAGUG